UUAUUGAUGUGUUGUAUUCACUAUUCCGUAUCUCUCAAGAAUUGGAAAAUCAAAAAGUUGAUUGGUUGGUGGUUUGAGGUUUCAACUGUGGUCUCGUGAAGUCAUUUUCAAUUGUGCUACUUUGGCUCCGAGACGUGGUAGCAUAGAAUCAAGAUUCUUCCUUUUUCGUCCCCCCACCGUUUUUUCUUCUUCUUCGGUGUUUCAUCUUCAAUGUUGGGCUUAAUGAAGCCAUUAGUUCCCUGUUUUUGUUUAAUGGCUGUAAUUUAAGGGGUUUAAGGAGCGGUUAAACUUGUACAGCUGUGAGCUGGGUUCUUGUCUCAGGCGUUGUACUGUGUGGAUUGGUAAAAAUGGGGUUGAUUCCGGGGACUAGGCCGCCUCUGUAUAAGUCCGGGAAGGCUCAGGGUGUAUCUUCAAGAUGGGUCUUCUUGCUUUGCAUUGCCAGCUUUUGCUUGGGUGUUCUUGUUGUUAACAGGUUGUGGUCAGUUCAUGGACCCAUCAAAACAGCACAUGGUUUUUCUCCAAAACAACUCAACUCAGGAGAUUCGCUCCCUGUUCCUAAGUGCCAACAAAAGGAAGCUUCUUUUCAGGAAAGGGAUAUCCUAUCUCGAGUUUCCAAAACACAUGACGUGAUCAUGGAAUUGGAUAAAACAAUAUCUUCACUGGAAAUGCAGCUUGCUUCAGCCAGAGCUACUCAAGCAGACAAUGAGGAAAGAUACGAGGAAGGUGGAAAACUAGGGAAUGAACCUAUGAAUAAUCGCCGAAAAAUCUUUUUUGUCAUGGGAAUCAUUACAGCUUUCAGCAGCAGAAAGCGCAGAGAUUCAAUUAGAGAAACUUGGAUGCCUAAAGGGGAAAAUUUGAAGAAGUUGGAGAAAGAAAAAGGUAUUAUAAUGCGUUUUGUGAUAGGGCACAGUGCCACUCCAGGUGGAGUCUUGGACCGUGCUAUUGACGCUGAAGAAACACAACAUAAAGAUUUCUUAAGACUGAACCAUAUAGAGGGAUAUCAUGAAUUGUCGACAAAAACCCAAAUCUACUUUUCAACUGCUGCAGCAAAGUGGGAUGCCGACUUCUAUGUCAAAGUCGAUGACGAUGUGCAUGUCAAUCUUGGUAUAGUAGGUUCAAUCUUAGCCCGUCAUCGGUCUAAACCUCGUGUUUAUGUCGGCUGCAUGAAGUCUGGGCCCGUUCUCGCACAGAAAGGUGUGAAGUAUCAUGAACCAGAAUACUGGAAAUUUGGGGAGGAGGGUAAUAAGUACUUUAGGCAUGCAACUGGACAAAUAUAUGCAAUCUCCAAGGAUUUGGCUACCUAUAUAUCGAUUAACAGGAACAUACUUCAUCGAUAUGCAAAUGAAGACGUUUCUCUUGGAUCUUGGUUUAUUGGGCUUGAUGUAGAGCAUAUAGAUGACCGAAGCUUGUGCUGUGGGACACCGCCUGAUUGUGAGUGGAAGUCCCAGGCGGGGAACCUUUGUGCUGCGUCAUUUGAUUGGAGCUGUAGCGGGGUAUGUAAAUCGGUAGAAAGAAUGGAAGAGGUGCACCAGAGAUGCGGAGAGGGCGAUGGAGCAAUCUGGCAUACCAGCUUUUAGAACUUGUGUACUUAACGAAUCUCUUCUUAUUUAUUCAUUAGAUUGUCUUUGCGGUUUUUGUUCUUGCCCUCCCUCGGGAAGGGAUCUUGACGGUGGAAUGUAUAUGUCCGUGUGCAGUAAUCAGAAAUGCGACCUGUGUACAUCGUUCCACGCCAUUUUUGCUCAUGAAAGACUCACAGAUUGCAGUAAACCGCUAACCUGUUGCACAUAUACAAACCUGUGAAGAGAUAUAUACUAGUUAGUUAG